GGGGGCUCCGGGGCCCGCCCGGCCCUGUGAGGGCUCUGCAGGCUCGAUUCGGGUCUAUAACCAGGCGCUGCUCCCGGACACGAGAGGACUGCGAGCACACAGGUCUGAGGAGGUGAUUUUGAUGGCCACAGGGUUGCUCACCAUCAUUUUACUCUGUGCUGUUGUGGCUGGAGCUUCAGGGAGAUCCUCAGAGAGGUUAAGUUAUGGAGCUUCCUGUUUUGCAGAAUGUGCAGGACACAGUGCAUCAUACUUCCCCAAAAGAGCUAGAUACAGCUACAGGUAUUCAGCAGUCACCAACACAUUCCUGCAGGGAAAUAUUUACAAAGGCAGUGGCAUCUCUCUGGAGACCACAGUGAUCAUUGAAGUAUUGGGGAAUUGCCAGAUGGUUUUGAAAGUUCAAGAUGUACAGAUUAAGAAAAGUUUUGCAUCCAGAGAGGAGUCUCUGAAAGAAAUGGACAGUCUAAGGGAAAUACUAGAACAGCAUCCUCUUCAUUUUUCUUUCCAUGAUGGGAAAGUUCUGAAGCUCUGUCCUGUGAGGAGUGAACAGACCUGGGCACUGAACAUCAAGCGAGGCAUUCUUAGUGUCCUGCAGACAGCUCAAGAAUUCCCUGUUGGUGCCAUUGUUGAGGAGGUGGAUGUCCUGGGAAUAUGCCCAACCAGGUAUCAGCAAAAGGGUCCCAUUCUUGUAAAGACAAAGGACUUAAACCUCUGCUCCCAUCGCUCUUCUGGUUUGACUUCUGUGCAGUCUGUUGUUCUUCCUCAUGCAUCAUCUGAACAGCAGAUCCUGUCCUCCCAGCUGGAAUGUGCCCAGAGCAUUAAGGAUGGGGUCCUGGAAGAGGCCAAAUGCACUGAGUCCGAUCGUGUGAUGCUGUUCCCUCAGCAGGGCAGUGGGGCAGAGACACAGACACAGUCUGCACUCAAACUCUUCCAAGUGGAAACAGAGACACUCUACCAUAAAGGGUACUCUGAGGAUCUGUAUGUGACCAGCAUUCUCUAUGAAAGGGAGGUAACUAAGAGGGAGGUCACUGGGGCAGAAGUGACUGAACUGGUGUGGAAGCUUUGCUUAGCGCACAGUGCAAGUUACCAGACUGCAGACCUUUUCAUGACUCUCGUAUUUGAGCUUCGACAUCUUUCUCCUGAGGCCUUAAGAGCACUAUGGCAAAGAUCAUCAUUUAAGUGCAGAGACAACUGGCAACCAUUAAUAGAUGCUCUCCCAUCUUGUGCCACAGAAGCAUGUGUUGUCCUAAUGAAAGACCUCAUAGCUUCUGGAGAAGUUGAGGAAGACAAAGUAGAAUAUUUCUUUUGGUCAUUUACAUUCAUUCCUAAUCCCACCUCAGGAAUGAUUGAAUCUCUUGCUCCUUUGCUGAAGUCACCUAGAGCCAGCCAGAGCUGCUUCUUGGGAGUAACAGCUCUCGUACAUAGGUUUUGUUCGGCUCAUAGCUCCUGUGAUAUUGUACCUGCUGUGCAGAGUGUGAUGAGGAUUCUUGGGAAAUUUUUGGGAGGAAACUGUACUGUGCAAGAUUCAGAACAUCUCAGCAAGAUGCAGCUGGUGUUGAAAGCCAUUGGAAAUGCAGGACUGGCAGCUGCUUCGCUGGCUCCUGCUCUGAGCUCCUGUGCUGCCCUGAAGAGCCAUCCCAUGGAAAUCCGCCUCGCUGCUGUCCAGGCCUUCCGGCGCAUUCCCUGCCCUGUCAGGAAUGCUAUAUUACUUCAGUUUUAUCAAGCAACCAGUGAAGAUGUGGAAAUAAGAAUUGCUGCUUAUUAUAUAGUAAUGAAAUGUCCACAUGAAGAGUUAUUUAAACAAGUACAAAAGACUUUGCUGAAAGAAACAUCCAGCCAAGUGGGCUCCUUUGUUUGGAGUCAUCUCUCUCAGCUCUUGGAGACGGAUGAUCCGUUGAAGGAGCACCUUCGAGAUUCUAUUCCUGAUGAAAUUCUUAGCAAAGAUUUUGACUGGGAGACAUGGAAAUACUCCUCAUACUCUGAUGUCACAUUUCACUCAGCUGGUGCAGGUGCAAAUAUGGAAGCAUCAGUGGUCUUUUCUCCUACAUCUUUUCUACCACGAUCAGUCAUGACAAAUUUGACUGUUCACUUUAUGGGACAGGCUAUAAAUCUCCUGGAGGUUGGUGUACGAUUGGAGAAUGCUGAAACUCUUAUAGAGAGGGGUUUUGGGCCGAAAUCUUCUACUUUCAGUGACUAUUUUUUUGGAAACACUAACGAAGGAAACCACAAGGCAGAAACCCCAGUGGAAACAGUAGAGAAAGUCAAGCAGAGGAACCCAACAUUGAAGCGAUACAGCCCCACUGAUCAUCUUGUGAGCAAGUCUGGCAAGCCAAAGCUGAGAAAAACUAACCAAAUUUGUCUUGGUAGAAAAUACAGUAAGAUGAAUGAGUUAGUCAAAAAGUUCACUGAGAGAACAGUAAGAAAGAAGGCGCUGAAAUGUGAGCUAAGCAUGAAAAUCUUUGGAAAUGAACUUAGCUUCUUAGAUUGUGAAGAUUUAAGAAAACAUAUGAAACGUUAUUCCUUAAAUCUGGCUGAGUUGGCUGUCAAACUUCUGAAGGGGCAGGAGAUUCAGUUUAAUAAAAGGAUGAGUUUGGCCACUGAAGAACUGCAGUUUCCAGCAAUUUCAGGCUUUCCUAUUCAACUGGCAAUCAAUGCCUCAGCAGCAAUCAACAUAAAAAUCAAAGGGAAUGCAGAUUUCAAACAGCAGUCCAAUUUCUUUCUAAAUGGAUAUUUCAAGCCAAGUGCAUUUGUCCAGCUUUCUGUCCAAAUGGGAAUUGUGGGGACUCUGGGACAAGCUGGCCUAAAGUGGUUAACAGGAAUAAGAACAUCUACUAGUCUUGAUGGGGGAAUCCAGGUGAAGAAAGGGAAAGAGCUCAAAGUUUUCUUGAACACUCCAGAAGAAUCUAUGGAGAUAAUUAAUUUCAGCUCUAAACUCUACUUCAAAAUGGUGGAUGAGACAGAAGAUAUAGAUGUCUUCCAAGAUCACACAGAAACCAGAUCUUGCACUAGGGAGGAAGUGUCUGAGAUUAUUGGCUGGCAGCUGUGUUCUGAAAUGUCCUAUCCUGACCCGGCCAGUGGUUUGGUUUUCCCCCUCACUGGACCUUUGAGAGUGGCUGUGACAUUAACUAAGCAAGACAGAGGCCUGCAGCAGUACGUGGUGGAAGCUGCCUAUGACUGUAUAGCUCAGGAGAAUUCAUGGAUCCCAAGUGAAGCUGUCUUUCACUUCUUUGUUGGGACUCCAAAGUCAGACUUGAAAAGAGAUAUUGGUGUUGACAUAAGUUUUAGUGUCCCACAGAAGAAAUUCAGAAUCCAAUUUAUACAACCUAAGAAAAAAAUUGAGAUGGAUGGGAGGAUUGAGUUUUCUAAAAGUUCCCAAGUUGGACACCUGGAGCUGAUAGUGGAUGACCAAGAUGUGUAUUACAUUAAGGGAAUGGCAGAUUUGCAGAUGCUGAGUGGAGAGCAGAGAUACAUGACCCAGCUGGAGGUAAAGCUGAUAAAGCAAAGCAGUCCUAUCAUUUUGUCAGGAAACAUCACUAAACAGCUUGGCAAGAAGAUAGCUUUUUCAGUAUCUCUGAAUAAUUUGUUGAAGGAUGCUGCAUUUCUUUCAGCACUUCUGGAGAAAAAGGUUGAUGAUAAGCUGAGACAAUACUCAUUGGAAGGGGAGACUCACCUUCCAGGUGUUCUUGGAGUUAAAGCUGUCGCUCUUCUCCAGCAGCGUGAGGGAUUGUGGUCUCAUGGUCUGCGGAUAAAAUAUGGACUCCUAGGAGAGGCAAAAACGGCUUGCCAUGAGUGCAGUACACAGCAGAAAGUUCAAGUGGAGCUGGGUGCACAGGGCUUGUACAGACUGGAGCUGGACCAUCAGUUUCACUGCGUGCAGGCUCCCACCUACAGCCACCAGGUUCACCUGAAACAUGAAGUGUGUGCAUCUUGGAUUUCCUCCCAGAUGGAAGUGAACUAUGGGAAACACUGGGAUGAAAUAAACAACAAGAAGAAACUGCUGAUCAGCCAAGCCUUAAAGAACAGUUCCAGUUCAUCUGUAGUCAGCUAUUUCAUGGAGUUUACCAUGCAAGUCCUGGAAAAACAGGUGAAUUAUAGAACCCAGCUGCAGCACUUGCACACCUCUCAGGUGUAUUUGCAGAGCAGCACCAACUUUGAGGUGCAGUAUAAUGACCAUGUACCAUUUGUGGCUGGGCUGCACUGGAAGGAUGCAUCCAGAAAUGGCCUGAAGAAGUGGGAAGGUGGGUUCAAUAUAGACACCCCAUGGCUCUAUCUGUACACAGCUCACAAACUGCACCAGCCUCAGCAUUCUGCUUAUUUACUGACAUCUGAGCUGACAGCUGAAAAAGCUCUCUCCAUUAAAAACCUUGUACUGGAACUAUUCUAUAAAGAUCGAGACAAUGAGAAGGAAGGAAAAGUUCACAUUUACACACCAGCUACCACAUACCUGCAGGCAUCCACAGUUAAUCGUAUUGGGAGGAAUGUUCUGCACAGCUAUAGUGAAAUGAUCUCUCUGUGGAAUCAGCUUGUGAAGAAUGAGAUUCAUUUGGAGAAUAAUGAACGAGCCAAACUUCUCUGCUUUAAGAUAAAGAGUACAAAACAGGAAUUUAACUUCACAGCCAACUAUCAGAAUCUGUCAACGCCUAAGAAGACAAACAUUUCUGUGAAGAUUGUAUGGAGAGAUUAUAAAAGUCUGCCUGUCAUACUGCAGUGUGAAGGUCAGAUAAAAGAGCUGAGGAAGGAGAAGAUGCUCUAUCAAAAACGUGCAACCCUCCAUUUCAGGCAUCCUUUUAAAGUGCCCUUUCUGCAGAGCUUCCUUCUGCAGGAGACAUUUACUGUUGACAAAAAGCAAAAGCAUUAUUUCAUGGAAACAAAAGUUUUGAUAAAUGGGGUGGAGGAAACAGUUCAGACUCUUAUACUUGGCUACCAACCUGAAAACCCCUAUAUUUGUGCUGGCUUAACUCAUCCUUAUAACUACAGGAUGUUUCCCAAAGAUGUUGAAAUGUGCAUUUUAACUCUAAGUCAUCAAAGUGUGAAGUAUGAGCUUGAGACUGUCUUAAAAGUGAAUAAGGAAGAUGUUCUCAGUUUUCUAGGGAGGUAUCAGGACAAAUCCAGUGAGGAAGAUUUUAGACAUCUUUUACACAUGGAUGUGACACACUCAUUCCAGCUGGAGUUUCCACAAGCAAUGGGCCUAAGUGGGGAGCUGUUUUCCAGGCAGACUAAACUGGAACACUUUGACAGUGGUGUGAGUGUAAAAGUCAUCAUCAACAAGAACGUGUCUUCACAGGUGCAGGCUCAGGCAGCCCUGAAGAGUUAUGGUGAAAACAAUGUCAAUGGCUCCCUUCACCUUCAUGCCAAUGGAAGGGAAAUGCUGAUGCUGGAGGUUGAUGUGAACAAUGAGAACAGGAGGAAUGCCAGAAUUGUUGAACUGAGGGCUUUUCUCCAUCAGACAAUUCUGACAAAUCCAGAAUCAGUACAGUUCCAGCUCAUGGGCAAAAUAUUUCCAUCAAGACUUCUGUUGUCUUCUGACUUGAAGCUUAAUGAACAUAGGCUUCACAUGGAUUUCAUGGGAGCCAAGGAGCAGAAAGUUGGUUUUGUUUUGUCCCUAAAUGGAAGAGUCCAACACACUUUUACUGGAUUAAAGGCCAUACCUCACCUCCUUUCUCUGGAUGGAUUACUGAAGUGCAAAAACAACGUUCACAAUGGUAACAUCAAUGUGAUGGUCAACAAAAGACUGUAUGGACUGCAUGUCAGGAACAGGAAUGUGUUUGGGAAUACCACUGUGCACAAUAUCACUGUUGCCAUCAUUCAGAAUGGCAGUCAGGCAGUUCCAGUGGAGGCACGACUGAAAGGACACCUGGAACUGAGUAAAGAAAAGAAAAGGGGCCUAGCUAGCUUCCAGGUGGAUGAGAAGGCUCUUUCUGUAGAGUUUUUCAAUAUCAUGGAUCAUGGGCAUGGCAGAGUCAGUGGGGCUUUCACACAUAAUGUCGACUUCUUAAAAAAUGCAGGGUUGCCUUUGGAUGGCAUUUUUACUGCCACGUGUGAGCGUGGCACAGGAAAUCACACCAUUGCCAUAGCCCUGGAGAGUGGCAGUGAAAGGAUUGCUGCUGUGUUUGAGGGACACAGACUGGCCACAGAGCUCCCAAUACCCCAGCUAUCUGUCAGCAUAAAGCACAACAUCUCAAAGAUAAAGAAACAUGGGAUCCCUUUCGUUUUAGAAGCUGCUGGCUAUUAUGAGAAUUUCUCUAGAAAGAUUGCUGCAGGGAUAACAGCCACAGUGGAGACAGAGCAGCUCAAGAUUGCAAUAGAGAAGAAAACCACUGACACUGCCAUGGAAAUUUCUCUUUCACUUCACCAUGAUGUGGGAGGACUGACAGACAUCGUUCCAUGUGUACUAGAGGUUGCUUGCAGCGGAGAAUCUGCUAACAAAAAACUUUUUGGCCUUUGCAAUGGUGCAAUUGCAUUUCAUCAUUUUGAGACUCCAGCAAGACUUUCACUGAAUGGGUCAGUAUUUACCAGCAACUUUACUGUCAUCCUCUUUGGACAUGUUUCUUUUCAUGAUGUAUUUGCCUGCCUGCAGCUCUAUGCCACCACUAACACCCAUCCUCAUUUAGAAAUCGACUUCCAGCAUUCUUUGCUUUCACUUCAUUCUUUGGGAAUUGCCGGAGAAAACCAACUGAAGGUGUCAGCCAUGAGAAGUGACAAAUACAAGGGCAUCCUUGGUAUUGUACUUGGGCCUUGCACUUUGGAAGCUGAUGGGGAAGUGACCCUGGCAAACAAUGAGACAGGAUGGGUACUUGCUUUUAGAAACAAGUGCAUCAGUCUAGAGAGGAUGGGAUUGCCUCGUGUUGCAGUCUUGGGUGGUUCAUUUCGACAGAGCAUCUGCAACGUGGGCUUGUUAAUGAACCUGCAGUGUGAUGGCAGAGCAGUGGAUGUGCAGAUAGACACCUCCUGCCAGCAUGAAUAUACACUCCAAGGGAUGCUCAGGCACUCACAUCCCUGGCUCAGCCAGCUUGGGCUGCCUUUUGAAAACUCUGUCCUGAUCUCUGCAGCCGCAGACUCCACCACAGAGGGCAUUUUCCUGCUGCAGGCUGGCAGAUGCAGACUGAGGGCUAGAGGGGAUCUCUGUGUUCAGAAUAAAGCUGACUGGACACUGGAAACAGAAACAGAAUGUCAACUUCUGCAGGAUCUCAAUUUCCCAACUCAGUCACGGCUCACAGGAUCCAUUCAGAAAGACAAGUGCCAGGCAGAGCUGUUCUCUGUUCUGGAAACAGAAGGCAAAACUGCCCGUCUUGAAGUGAGAGUAGAGUGCAAGCCAAAGAUGACUCUGGAAAUUCAAUUCAGGCAUGACCUCCCCCAGCUGAAGGAAAUCCCAAGGGAAAAUGAGCUGUCCAUCACUGCACGGAAACACUUAAAAUACCUUAUUGGAGUUGGAAUGAAAUUGGGUGCCUGUGAGCUUCAAAUGAAUGGGGACUUUGACCCUGAAAAGAGCCUUCAGUGGAAAAUGCUUAUAGAAAACAAAUGCCAAACAAUUCAGGAUCUUGGAGUACCAAUGAAAAUUGAUGGCUCAGGCUACCUUUUGAUGGAUAAAAUGAACCUAGAUUCACAGACCCUGAUCACUGUUGAUGAAAGUAAAUUCCGAGGACUCCUUAUACUAAAAGUCACUGAUGAAAAACAAGAGUUGGAUGCUGUGCUAACCCAUAACAUCCAAGAAGCUGCUGACAUUGGCAUUCCCAUGAGGAUGUUACUUGAUGUGAUAUCAGAAAAAAACAGUGACUUCUAUAAAGGAUUUAUUAAUUUCUGUGUGAACAACAAACAAAUUACAGAAGAACUGAACUUUGUCCAGAAGUUGGAUGUUGUGUCUCUUAACUACAAGCUUACUCAUAACAUAGAGACAUUGAAGACUUUGCAAAUAAAAGACAGGAUUGAGUUGCAGGCUAUCUUGAACGUAAAAGUCACUAGAAGCUUUAGUUUGAAAGUGCUUUAUGGUGCUCACCUAAUAGUUCUUGAAGGACAAAUCCAGAAGUUUGAAACAAGUACCAACAUAACAGGGAAUUUCCAUCACUCUUUGCCAUGGCUGCUACAAGCCAGAGUCCCAUCAUCUUUACAGAUAGAUGUGGUUUUUCAAGGGAGAAACACUACUCAAGAGAGAUAUGUGCACAUUGCAGCUGGAGAAACAUCAAUCACAUACAUAAUUAACUCCUAUUAUGUUGGCCACCAAGUGGAUCUCUUCUGCCAGAGUGUGCACAGCAGUGAGGUACUCCAGGCAUCUGGUUAUCCUAAGGCAAUCAGCUUGAUUUUCAGUUUCCAGAAAUCAGAAAACAAAGCCAAGACUGCCUGUGAAAUCCAAUAUGAUGAGAAAGAUGUAACUGUGACUGUGGAUGUUGACACAGACUUUGAACUCUUUGGUAUAUUUGUGUUCAUGGCAGAGGUGAAGCAUUCCAUAUCACUUCUCCAUCACCUGGGACUUCCCUUCUUUCUUAAGAUGACAAUUCAAGAAGUCAUGACUGAAAAUGAAACUGAAGGUGCUCUGAGGCUGACCUAUGAACAAAACAAAAACUUCUCCUUUUCCAUCAGUAGAAAAAGAGACCAGCAAGGUGAAGAGUUGAGUAUAAAAGCACUCCAGAAUCAUCCCUUCUUUCUACAAUACUUCCCCUGUGCAGCAGAGCUGUCUUCUAAGGUUAAUUAUGAUAUGAGUGAAGCAAAAGGCAAACUCUACCUCAGGAUGGAAAAAAGGGAUUUCAACGUUUCAGCAAAGCUAACUUUGAUGGGAAGCAGCUUCACUAAUGCCAUUGAAGUGGCACAGACCAUGGCCCAGUUAAAAAUUCUUCCAAGGCAGCUUGUGUUUAUGACAAUUUACCAAAAAGGUAACAGAACUCGUCUGCUAAGGCACAUUGCCCUGUGGGAUGGCAAAGAGAUAAAGCUAACAGGCACUUACACUGGACCCUUCCCAAAGCUGCCUGGAGGUCAUGGCAUGCAGGUGGAGCUUCUCCAUUCUCUCUCCAACCCUUUUCCACGACAUGUCUGGGUCAACUUGUAUGUGAAACAUUCAGCACACAGUCACCGGGAUGAUCUUACUGUAGUUUGGAAUGAGAAGGACAAGAUAUCAGUGUCAUCUUCUCUGAAGUUUGGAAGACACCGGACAAGCUACAGAGCCACUGUUGCCCACCCAUUUAAUUACACUCUGAAGCAACUGGAGGUGCAUUCCCUGUCAGAAAGAAGGGGCAGAAAGUACAACCAGCAGCUGCAGGUCUCAGGGAAUGCUGGGGAGCCUGCUCACCUCCGGCUGGGCCUGGAGGAUAAAUCCAAGAUGGACAUCACUGCCUGGGGUGGCUGUGUGACACUCUCUGCAGGCCAGCUUCAGAGAAUAUUAAGCAUGGAAAACCUGCAUGUAUGUGGGUCUCUAGAGCAAAGACCAACAUUGUUUAAUGAAUAUCUGGAUUUGAACUGGGAUGACAAAAAAUUCAAACACAAUUUCACGUAUGAGAGAAACCAACUCUUGUAUCCUGACAAAUUUCAAUUAGAAGUGGUUCUGGAAAAUAUUUUCCUGACCCCAUGUACCAAACAGAAGAUUCUGGGUAAAAUAGAAACCAACUACUGCUCUUGCCUGGAUUACUACACAAGCUUUGAGUUCUGUGACCUUCCAAAUGUAAUUGUUUUAUCUGGAAAGCACCAGCUCAACAAAGAUGACAUAAUUUUGCAGUCAGAGGGCAGAUUCCACCUUGCUGAUCACGGAAAAGAUGAGGGGUUGAUUGGAAUAUCCAUAAAGAAUCAGAGCACUGCUGAUGUGAAGAACUACUCUCUGGAAAUUGAAUUAACAGCCUUUGAAGAUAUUUGGCUAGGCCUGACAGGAACUGCUGCUUCCUCAUCUGUCCAGAGCCAAAUCCUGGUGGAGGGGAUUAUUGAUCAGAAAGAGAAAGUAAAAGUCGCUGCUUCAAAAGGAAAGGAGUGUUUUCACUACUACAUGGGGCAUCUGCAAGGGGAUUUGGAAGAAGGAGUGGAACUUAGUGCUUGUUCUGAUGGGCAACAGAUGGCUGCCAUUAACACGUAUCUCAGCAUCAAUGGUAAAAGGCAGGAAAACGUGGGACAAGUGACUCUAGCAGCUGCUAAUGGAAGCUUGAGUUUUCUGGCGCAUGGAUGUGGGGAUCCAGUUCUUAAGGUUGAGAACAAGCUUAAUGAAAUUGGGAGCCUUUUGAAAGCCACACUGAUAGAGAAGAUAAAGAAGUUUGAUGGAUACCUGUGGAGAUUCAGGAGAUCAGUGCAGCAUGUUGGUUUCCUGUCUGAAGCAGCUGGCUGGCCUUCAAUGGCCUUGCAAAAGGCAGCAGGAUUCCUGCACAGUGCGGGUACAGCUGUCACCCAGGUGUGGAAGCAAAGUGGAAUCAGGCACAUUCUGAGAAACAGGAUCCCACUUUACCUGGAGAAAAUUCAAGAUGUUGUCCAGCAAAUGCAGAAUGAAUUACAAAAGCCAUUAGCAACUUUGAAGGACGCCUACUACGAUAUAACCUUGCAGCCACUAGAUGAAGUCUGGAAAGAGAAGACAGAAGAGCUCAUGAAGAAAAUCCAGGCUUUCUUACCCAAGAUUGUAAAAGAUGUGUGGUUAAUGGAACCAAUCCAGGUGGCAUUAAAGGUUGUCAAAGCAGGCUUGGAUAUGGCUACACAGCAGGUGCUCAGAUGGGCAGAUGCCACGUUUUCCAGAGCUGUGAGUAAGAUCCGGAAGCCCUUGCUGAACCUGUACAGUUUUUCACCCAGGAACUGUUCAGUGGCAGGAAAGCUGCCAGUACUGCCUAAAGCAGACUUGUCCCUGCAGCUGGCAAAUGUUACCACUUACCUCAUUGGAGAAAAACUGAUGAGGCCUCUGCAAGACCUCUACAAUCUCAACAUACUUGCAGAAUACUAUAAGUUCAAACGGAGGAUGAUGGAGAGCCCCUUUGAAUAUCAUGCUAUGUUAGUGGGGACCAAGCAUCUUGUGACUUUUGAUGGAAAAAUGUAUGAUUUGGCAUCAAAGUGCAGUGUACUUCUUGCCAAGGAUUUUGUUCACAGUGCUUUCACUGUAAUACUAAAUGAGGAAACUAGGAACUCAAGAUCACUGUAUGUGGAGAUGAACCAGACUGUGAUCACUAUCUACCCACGUCUAAAGAUAUCCAAGAUGUAUAACUUCUCCUCUGUGGAAGAGAACUGCCAAGUCCUGGAUCAAUCCCUUGAAAACAGUACCAUGAAUUCCAGGCGAGGAACCAACAAAAUCGAAGUAUCUGAUCAGAAAGGAGUUUCUGUGUCUUGUGACUUUCAGUAUGAUCUCUGUACUAUCACUCUGGCUGGGUGGCACCAUGGUAUUUCAGCUGGGCUUUUUGGUACCAAUGAUAAUGAAGCUGGAAACGAAUGGAUGGUGCCUAAUGGUUCCUUCACUGACAACGUGCAAGAGUUCACACAGAGCUGGCAGGUGAGUAAGUGCAGUCUCGUACCGAAGAAAGAGAAGCCAUGUCCAAUUACAGCUAAGCAGAACAUCUGUAAAGUGUUCUUUGAAGAACCACAUUCACUUCUUAGGAACUGCUUCAAAGUUGUGGAGCCCGAGCCAUUCUACACCAUGUGUACACAGGACACCUGUGACUCCCCGGCCUUGGGGGCUGCCUGCACUUUAGCAGCAGCUUUUGUUCAUUUGUGCAACCGGAAUUUUGUCCCUGUGGAAGUCCCUCCACAGUGCUCGAGCCAGUUCUGAAGGGCAGAUACCAGGGCCCUGAAGAUGGAAGAACCCUUUCAGCACUCAGAACAUUUAUUUUAGGUAGACAAGCUAGAGGCAAAAACUCGGAGAGAAUAAUAGAAGCGUGAACAUCUUAGUGUUAACUGUGAAUAUAAUGAAGUAUAUAUAGUAUAAAAGGAAAGCUUUCCACUCAGAACCCCUGACGGCAAGGGGAAUUACUUCAGUAUAUUGACAAGAAACUAUAAUCAACCAAAAGAAAUUGGACAUGAAACUAUCAGUUACUCUAAAAAAAUUCUUUCAUUUGGUGGCAAAAUUGCCUUUCCACAAGCCUUGAACCACAGCAAAAAUACACUGAAAAGCUGAGAAAAGCUCUCUUCCAGCUCAGAUUAGUGUAAGUGGACGACUGAAAGCAGCAUCAUCAGCUUGGAGUCAGCAGAGAUGCUGACUUCUUUUUUCUCCAGAAAUGAAAUUCCACUGUUCAGCGGUUCUGGAGAAAAUUAUCUAUCUUUUUUCCAAGGAAGUGCUCCAACACACAAGAAGGCUAAGAUAGAAAUAAGAUGGGUAAAUAAUGGAAAGCAGUUAAUCAUUGUUCUCAUUUUUAUGCUGGUUGAUUUUUUCCCUUAUUAAUGUACUCACUGCUAAAUGAGAAACAGGCUUCUUGGUUUCUGUGCAGCAGUUUCACAUUUUCCCUUUGUACCACUAGAACCCCCUUGGCAGCAGUCAGUUGAUGUGUUGGGAAAAGGUGACCAAUGUCUACCCUACCCAUGAAGUAAUGUUAGGGUGUUAUAGCUACUCUUGUGUGUGAGAGUCCCACCUGUUAAAUCCCUUUCUGUAUUGUAGGUCACUUGAUUUAAAAAGUGCAUUACCUUUCUCCACACAGUGCCUGGAAUGCAGCUAUUGGUAAAGGUAACACUGCAAAAUCCAUCCAGUGUCUUUGCCUAAUAUGCAAACUUUGAAAUAAUGGUAUUCUGUACUAAGAUAUCAUGCUAAUAAACAUUUGACUGCCUUAUUUUUA